AUGCAUUCAACUUCGACUUCAGAGGGAACCAGCUCAGGCCAAUCCCCCCUGCAAAUCCACAUCGACGAACUCUCCUCCCUAACCCUCCACGAUACCAUCCAAAGCUUGGCACACCUCCUCCCCGAACUAACCACUUCCAUCACGCCAACAGGCGAACGCCUCGUGACGCACCCUACCUACGAAGGAACAGGCAAGCUCGACGACCUGGGUGUACUCUACCUCCGCGCCGCGGAUCGCUGUACCCGCGAACGCGCAUCCUUCAAAACCCGUCUCAUGCACAUAUCCCUCGAUUCCAUGAUCGAAGCACUCUACGCAUCGAGUCAAGAGCAGCUCGAUAAGGGAUUGGAAGAUGGGACUGUGCAUCUCCCUCCUAGCCUAGACGAGGGGUGUGCGUGUUGCAACGGCGAGCCGUUUGCCGUGAUCCUGAGCGGGUUUCAUGAGGGGAAUGCGCUGCUUUUCUGGGAAGAUGAAUACAAGGCUUUCUGGGGGGAGGAGGAGAGCCGAGGGGAACGGUAUGGUCUCGGCGAAACUUGGAUCUGGGCUUCGAGGGAGCAAGUUGAGCGUGCGAUGGCGCGGGAGGAGGCGAGCGUUAUUCCUAGUAUGCUUUAG